AUGAACCUGCAUCUUUCAUGCUUACUGUUCUUCCUGGUGACCUCAUUGCCUGCAGGUUACUGUAUAAUCGGGAAUAAUGGUGUAUCCUUUCGAACGUGUACUGCAGUCAAUGGCACGUGUUUCUUUGGUUGUAAAUUAGGAUGGAUAUGGAUUGGCCAAUGUAACAACAUAAUGUCCUGUUGUAAAAGAGAUACCUUGUAUACACUUCCUCAAACCAAAGGAAUAUGA